AUGUUUCCACGAAUGCUAAAAACUCAAAAGUAAUUGGAUUGUUGUUAAGCUAAGCUCAUUUAGUCCAUAUACGCUAUUCAUGAAUAAGAAUUGCUACAAUUUGGCAUUGGAAUUGAAAUAAUAUCUCUUGUCUGAUUAUUUGCAUACUUAAUUUCCAAUUUUGUAAUUACCAGACUAUAUGGAGAAUACCUUUGCUUUGCAUGUGAAUAUCUUGCAAUAGCGUCUAGUAAAAUAAAUUUGAUAGCUCUAGUUGAAUGAGAAGACCACUUAAUCUGAGAAGGACAUUGAUCAUCUGAGAUUCUUUUUGAAAACCUAUGUUUAUAGUGAAUUGGCAAACAAAUAUAAUGAAAAAUAUCCUGCUGAUGGUAAGGAAACAACUUAGAAAAAUAGCAUUUAGUGAUUAUUUUAUAGAAAACUAUUAGAACAGAGUAGAGAUCAUGGCUGCUGAUAUUAAGAUUUUAGAUAAUGACAUGCAAACUUUACAGAAGGAUGAAAUUGAUGAGAAUACAAGAAAAUUUGUUAGAAAAUUCAUUUUUCUAAAUAAAAUAGGGACUACAAAUAAUAUUAUAUAAAAAUAUAGUAGUUAUGUGAUGGCUCAUGUAAGAUGAUUCCAAUAAAAUAGAUGAACUAUUUGCACUCAUUGUCAUAUUUAGAAAUUAUGCAAUAUAAAAUUUAUUGGGGAAUGUAAGAGGAAUUAAAAUAGUUGAAAGCUUGA